AUGUCUAACAGACGUGGCAGGCCGCUGUGCAAAUUCUUCAACACAGCUAGGGGAUGUCGUUUUCAAGACUGCAAGUUUCUCCACGAAAGAGCCGGAAGUCCGACGCCUUCGUCGUCGCCAUCAACUCCGUUGCAUUCUCCCAGACCAUCAGGCAGGUCUGGCGGAAUCACAGCUGGCCGGGGGAACUGCGAGUUCUUCUGGACUUCGGGAGAAUGUCGACGAGGAUUUGAUUGUAUAUUCCGCCAUGUUCGCCAGCCGCAGACUCAGAAUGCUGCAGGGGUGUCUGUAGAGGCAACGUCUCCAGAAACCGACACCCUCGACUUCCUGACGACCGAAGGACUUGCUGGCAUUAACAACAUUUCUUUGGACAAGUUGCAUACGUUGAGCCCGACGGAGGCGCAUAACAUGCUCAGGGCAUUCAAUAGCCCGACAUUCCAGUUCACAGCCCCUGAUCAAGUCAUUAAGUUCGUCCAGAUUCUAGCUAGCGUUGAUCGCAGAAAUUCACAAUGGGAUACUGUUCGGGCCCAGUCAUUUCUUGAAAUGAUAGUCGAUUUGAAGCAUCAUGUCCUCGCUCGCAUCCGCGAGGUCUUGCAAUACUCCCCUAUUGCUUGCCGUGCUGGUACAGGCUUCACGGAAGUUUCGUUUCAAAUCGGAUACUUCCCGCUUCUUCAGCUGACGUCUUUUAGCGCCUUGUACAGCGCCUUGGAUAGUGGUCUCGAUCAUAUGUUCGACGUCGUUUCGUCUUGCAUGGAGCAAAUGAUCCAGAAUCGAUCUUGGAAGGAUCCUACACCAGCCCUUCCUGCCAUGCGGCAAAGUAGCCUUUCGGGAGUGGUUGUUUUCGGCACGAUCACCACCCUGCUUACUCAAUAUUUUCAACGUUCCAAACAUGCCAUUAACAAUCAUCCAAAUAUUGUCGUAUUCAUUGGCAACCUUGUUCGGUGGUACGAUGAAUGGGCAAGAUUGAUCGCAACGUCGAGCUUUGAUGAUUCCAUUGACGCAACCGUUCAGCGGUUGACCUUGGAACAAAUCAAAGAGUCUAUCAGUAGGCUUGACGCAAUAGUAAGCCGAGAACAUGCAAAUGCAGAGAGAAGACGAAGACCAGCGCAGCCGCAAGGUCUGAGAGAGGAGCAUCGAUCUGAGGCAUUACAGGCUCAACUUAUUCAGACUUAUGACGGUCCCGGUGUCCUUCGUCUUCUUGGUCCUCGCCAUAGCAAUGAUCACCGCGACAUAGCUGACAUACAUAUUGUCCCUACCCAUGACGAGAUGAUCUCUGCGAGUCUUCCAUACAUUCCCGUUAACCGUCCGGAUGCUCCACAUCAUUUGGCUCCAAAUUCAAUGGAGCGACAUCUUGACAUUCAGUUCCGUCUCUUACGUGAAGAACUCGUACGUGAGGCGCAGCCAAUCCAAUUGGAAAAGUUAAUCAAGGCAAGGGGAGGCAUGUAUCGAACCUCUGGUUAUAACUCGACUAUGUUCCAUAUCUAUACAAAUGUCGAAUACUCUCCUCUUCAAGCCGAGCGACGUGGUUUCACGGUCGGUCUUGUUGUCGAUGCGCCUCCUUCAGACCGUGCUCGAAACUCUGACCCCAAAAUCAGAAAAGACUUCUGGGAGCAUGCUGGCUCGCGACGUCUCAGCGCUGGCAGCCUUGUUGUUUUAGUCGUCGCACAUUCGGGUCGUCUGAAGAUCUAUGUUGGCAGCGUUUCUUCAUCAACAGAUGACACUAUCGAGUCGUCGAAGGUCCACGAGAGCCGCAUUGAAAUUCGCGUCAAAUUUUUUGAUCCCGACGUAGAACUUGGCGCCCUUCGACAGGAAAAGAUCACUAUUGAUCAGCAUCGAUUCGCGUUCUUGGUGGAUAACAACAUCAUGUUCGAAUCUAUCAGACCCUUUUUGGAGAAGUUGCGUUCAGUGGAACCUACCUCCAUUCCAUUUUCUAAUUACAUCUGUCGGGACACUCUGAGAGGAGUCGCGGUUGUGCCUCCGAAGUAUAGCCAAAAUCCAUCUUUCCGAUAUAACCUGGAAUGUCUAUCGAAAGAUAGAGUCAGGGAGUAUGUCCAUCCAUUGAACGCAACCGACCCUUUAUCAAUCCGGAGAGCCCGACUACAGCUGAGGUCGUCAAGCAUUUUAGAUCCCAGUCAAUGUGAUGCUGUGGUCGACGCUUUGACACAGGAAGUUGCUCUAAUUCAAGGACCUCCAGGUACCGGAAAGAGCUUUACCGGCAAAGAGUUGCUUCGGGUCUUAUUUGCCAGCAAAGUCAAGCCUAUUGUGAUGAUCGCUUUCACAAAUCAUGCACUGGAUCACAUGUUACUAUCUCUGUUGGACGCAAAAAUCACGACAAAUCUUGUUAGGUUGGGAUCGCGGUCCUCGGACGAACGUAUCAAUGAAUUUACCUUAGACAAGUUAGAGAGGAUGAAGGAUGGAGCGUCUUCACCCUUGGAUCAGAUUGUGCGCAAGGAGUGGUUUGCCAUGGGCCGACUAGAAGAUGAGAUGAGGACAAUCCUACAGCAUAUCCAAACACCUUCGCACACCUGGGAGACAGUAACCAACUAUCUGCAAGAGACGUUCCCCGAUCAUCUUGCCUCAUUCGUAGACCCUCCUUUCUGGAUUGAUAAGCUAGCAGAAGAGCUUCGUCAGGAUAUCGAAGCAGAAGGGGAAUGGACAACCGUGAACGCAAAGAAGAAAAGGCGUGAUGUCGAUAUCCCGAAUACCAUAUAUUCCUUUUGGAAAAUUGGGCAGGAUAUCUCGUUCCUACAGCCCCCACAGCCUCCUCAGACUCCCGCACGGUCAUCAAAAGGAAAGAAGGGGAAGCAGCAGCAGCAGAGGCAGGCGCAGGAACUUAUCCUUGCAGCGGAGCUCCAGCAGGCCUAUUUGACACGCAUGAACAACCUCUUCGUGCCGUUGGGAUUUCCAGAGGGUAUGAUUCCACCUAUUCCAACGACUUCCAGACCAAUCGACGAGCUUCUGGUCGCCGAUGCUAUCUGGAGCAUGUCUGUCGAAGAGCGACAAAUACUGUCUGCAUUAUGGGAAACCGAAAUGAGGACCUUUGCAUAUAACAAGUACAGACAGGAUUACGAAGAGCGCCGGGAAGAGUAUGAAGCCGCUUGUAAGCGGUUCAACGAUGCCAAGGACGAGAGUCGACGGCAAUUGCUAUCUCGAAUUGAUCUUAUUGGGUGCACCACUAAUGGCGCUGCCAAACUUACCUCACUGUUGACGACCAUUGCACCCAAAGUUUUGAUAGUGGAAGAGGCAGGACAAGUUUUAGAGGCCCAUAUCUUAUCUUCUCUUGUGCCAUCUGUGCAACAUCUUAUUUGUAUAGGUGAUCCGCAGCAGCUUCGUCCUACCUUGGCAAAUUUCUCUCUCUCUAUGGAUAGUGCAAGAGGAAAAGAAUUGUACAAAUUUGACCGUUCUUUGAUGGAACGACUGGCGGAUGGUGGGUUCCCGAUGUCCCAGAUCAACGUUCAGCGGAGAAUGCGUCCAAGCAUUUCUCAUAACAUUCGAACAAUUCUGUAUCCUAACUUGGAGGAUCACGACCUCGUCAAGAAGUACCCUCCCAUUCAAGGGAUGGAACACGACCUUUUCUUCUUUACCCACACAAACCGGGAGAAAGCCGCAGAUGAAGGCUCGGCAUCCAAAGUCAAUAUGUUCGAAGUUAAAAUGAUUGUUGAUCUUGUUGUGUACUUUUUGAAGCAGGAGGCUUAUAGUUCCCCUGGAGAUAUUGCUGUCCUUUGCGCGUAUCUAGGCCAGUUGCGAGAGCUGAGAUCUGCCCUAGCAUCCCUCAAAGUUGCUGUUUCUGUCGAUGAACGUGAUCAAGAUCAGCUAGCCAGAGAGGGAAUGGACGAUGAAGGGUAUAUAGAACAGGUUACCGUGUCCAAGCAUGUUCGUCUAGGCACUGUUGACAUUUUCCAGGGCGAGGAAGCAAAAAUUGUUAUUGUUUCUCUUGUCAGAAACUCUGGAUCUUUCGAUAGUGACGAGUCAAUUGGCUUCCUGAAGUCUGCCAAUCGAAUUAAUGUAGCACUAUCGCGUGCUCAGCAUGGACUGUAUGUCCUGGGAAACGCGUCCAACCUUCGUCAAAAUCAGACCUGGAAGACCAUCAUAGACGAAAUGGAGCAGCGGGACCAGAUCGGGUUCGGCUUUCCAGUAAUAUGUCCUCGCCACCCAGAACAGAGACAUACAAUCACGGCACCAGGCCAACUCAGUGUCGUUGCACCAGAAGGUGGCUGCUGCUUGCCUUGCGAUUACCGUAUGGACUGCGGCCACAAUUGCCCUUCGAUGUGUCAUCUCGAUCUCGAUAAACAUCGCAGCAUGCGGUGCGAUAUGCCAUGUCUCCGAACCCCAUGCCCGCGUAUGCAUCCAUGCGAUAAGAGAUGCUCGGACAAAUGCGGCCCUUGUGAAUUUCCCCUUUACAACAUCGCCCUGCCCUGUGGUCAUGUAGCAUCAAUCCUAUGUCAUCAAGCGGAAGACCUGGCUUCGGUUUUCUGUCACGAAAAGGUCUCAAAACAGUUGUCGCUUUGUGGACAUGAUGCAACAAUGCGCUGCUCUGACGAUCCUCAGAAGCACAAAUGCAUCAAAGUUUGCGGAGGAAUUAUGCCGUGCUGCGAAAAGACGUGCAAGUCAUUUUGUGGAGACUGCACAGGACUUAAUUUGCCAGGAGCUAAGGGGAUCCAUCGCCUCUUGACAAGCAAACUUCGCACCUUCAAGCACAAAUCCCAUCAAUGCGAGCGACUCUUAUUCUGUCAACACAAGUGCGGUCUCGACUGUUCUAAAGACCACGAAUGUAAUACGUCGUGUAAGCAGCAGUGCCGCCAACGUUGUUCCCACCACAAGUGUCCAAAACCAUGUGCCCAAGACUGUGCACCUUGUACCGAACCAUGCGACUGGAACUGCCCUCACCUGUCUUGCCCAGUGUUAUGCGGAUCGAUAUGUGCACGUCUACCAUGCGAUGAACCAUGCCCUAGCAUUCUUCAAUGCGGCCAUGUCUGCCCUUCAGUAUGCGGCGAACACUGCUUGCAACAGAAGUGCAUCGAAUGUCUCUCAGACGACGACAAGAUGGACAUCGUAGAUUUUAUCAUGCAACGAAGACUUGUUGACAUCCCUAUCGGGUCGGACGAUAUCAGCGACAGGAUCAUCACCUUGGAUUGUGGGCAUAUUUUCACAGUGGAGACGUUAGACGGACAUUGUCAAAUGACCGACUAUUAUGAGAUCGACGUAAUGGGGUCCUACACGGGAAUGAAAGCACCUCCUACCGAAUUUCAACGGCCACCAAGCUGUCCAACUUGUCGGGCACCCAUUACAGCUCGGCGCUAUGGAAGGGUCCUCAAGCGAGCGAAUCUCGAUAUCUUGGAACAGAAUGUGGCCAGUACGAUGUCCCAACGCCUGGCCGAGAUUGUUCCAUCUAUUGACACCCUCAGCAACGGUCUGGAAGAACUAGCAGCCCGGGCUAAAAAACUUGAAGCCGCGCCGAAUUUUGAAUACGAAGUCUUGGACCAUGGUAUGCUCACUGCUAGGUCUAUGGUCACUCGCCAUGGUUUGUCGGAGUCCGAGGCCAAAUCAUGGAUGGGUAUUGUUGUGGAUCUUCAUAGAGUCUACAAAAGGGUAGCUGAUGUUACAAAGACGUGGUCCGCCCACGUCCGUGCCUACGAGUCGGCUCUUUCUACCCUUUAUCGCUUGGAACUUGCAAAUCUUGCUGCCGACCCACCAUCGGACAUCCAGGUCCCUCCUGAACACAUUGCAAUGAGCAAUGUUGACCGGAAGAUUGGACAGCCUCCUCACAAGGCUGAUCGUCGCUAUCAUCUCGAAGCAUUCAUAUUAUCCAUCGAGUUGAGGCUCAUGUUGGGAAGCGUUGCUCGUUCUCGGUUCGAGGCACUUCCGAUGACUGCCAACGAACCUGCAGCUCUUCAUCAUCGUAAAGUCUGGUAUUCGUUCACCUUGUUCAUCUAUCAGUCAUGCAUUACCGACUGUCAAAAGGCUAUUACCAUCGCCCAUGCAACUUCUUCAUCACGUUUGGCUGCUCGCUCUGCCAGCUUGAUGCUCUGUUCAGACUUUGAACAGUUCCGUUUUUCGAUGCUGGAGAAACGUAGGGACGCAUUCAAAGAUGAUGCCUUGGUAGCUGAGUUGAAGAGUCGCUUGAGAGAGCUCGAACGGUCGUAUUUCACAAGCCGUUCGUCGAAUGAUCCAUCCCAGCUCGGUGAAGAUCGUCGAUGGUGCCAUGGGAAUUGCGGCGCCAAAAUCGAGCAUCACAUUAUAAACGACGGUGUUUAUCAGCCAGACAUUGUGAAAGCCUUAGGAUUCUCGCAUCGAGGUCAUUUCUACAAUUGUAUAAACGGUCACACAUUCGUUAUCACAGAGUGCGGCGGAGCGAUGGAGGCCAGCCAAUGCCCCGAAUGUAGAGCGCCUAUAGGUGGUGGAAACCACACGCUUGACUCCUCUAAUACCCGUGCACGAGAAUACGAAGAUAUCUCAAGAGAGCAAGGUGGAGCAAGAAGCCCGUGGGCAUGGGCAGCAGGCGCUUAA